AUGUCGCUACGUUCCAUCGGAAGAUACCUCACAGUCGCUCGCCACUUCUCUGCCGAAGCCGCACGAAAAGGCACCUCCACCGCCAACCCCGGUGGCGGCGGAGACACGCUAGGACGUAGGCUUCUCAGCCUCGUGUAUCCAAAACGAAGCGCAGUCAUCGCAAUCAACAAAUGGAAGGAAGAAGGCCACACGCUCCCCUCCAAGUACCAGCUCAAUCGCAUGAUUCGCGAACUCCGCAAAAACAAGCGCUACAAACACGCGCUCGAGGUAUGUGAAUGGAUGACAUUGCAAAAUGAUAUCAAGCUAGUGGAAGGAGACUAUGCUGUUCACUUGGACUUGAUAACCAAAGUUCGCGGUUUAAACAGUGCAGAAAAAUUCUUUGAGGAUCUUCCUGAUAAGAUGAGAGGCCAACCAACUUGCACUGCCCUUCUCCAUGCCUAUGUCCAAAAUAAUUUGGUUGAUAAAGCUGAGGCGCUUGUGUCGAAAAUGUCGGAAUGUGGUUUCAUGCGAAGUCCUUUGCCUUAUAAUCACAUGAUGUCUCUCUACAUCUCGAAAGGGAAGAUAGAUAAGGUUCCUAAACUUUUUGAGGAACUAAAGAUUAAUACUUCUCCGGAUGUUGUUACCUUCAAUUUAUUGUUAACUGCCUGUGCUUCGGAAAAUGAUGUUGAAACUGCAGAAAGGGUGAUGCUUCAGUUAAAGAAAGCAAAAGUAGACCCGGACUGGGUAACGUAUAGUACUUUGACCAAUUUGUAUAUAAGGAAUGCUAGUAUAAAGGAUGAUUGUUUAGAGAAAGCAGCAUCUACUUUGAAAGAAAUGGAGAAGAGGACCUGGCGGAAAACUCGAGCUGCAUAUUCUUCUCUUCUGAGUUUGCAUGCAAACAUGGGGAAUGUGGAUGAAGUUAAUCGGAUAUGGAAGAAAAUGAAGGAUUGCUUUCGCAAAAUGAGUGAUGAAGAGUACAUUUGCAUGAUAUCAUCACUUGUGAAGCUUGGAGACUUUGCUGGAGUUGAGAAUCUCUAUAGGGAGUGGGAAUCUGUUUCUGGUACCAAUGAUGUUAGAGUUUCAAACUUACUUCUUACUUCAUAUGUUGACCAAGGCCAGAUGGAAAUGGCUGAAAAUUUUUGUAAUCAGUUAGUGGAAAAGAGUGUCUGUCUUUCUUACACGACGUGGGAGCUACUUACAAGGGGGUAUUUGAAAAAGAGCGAUGUAAAAAAAUUUCUGUAUUAUUUUCGGAAAGCUAUAUCUAGUGUGAAAACUUGGAUUCCUGAUCCCGUGUUAAUACAAGAAGCAUUCGCAGUCAUGCAGGAGCAAGUUCAUAUUGAAGGAGCAGAACAAUUGUUGGUUAUCCUUCGAGAUGCUGGACAUGUGAAUACUAAUAUAUAUAACCUAUUUCUGAAAACUUAUGCUGCAGCUGGUAAAAUGCCUCUCAUUGUUGCUGAGAGGAUGAAAAAGGACAGUGUUCAGUCGGAUGAAGAGACACAUAGGCUCUUGGAUCUAACCAGUAAAAUGUGUGUGAGCGAUGUUUCCGGGAUUCUGUCCUAA